AUGCCGCACUCGUGGAGGCUGUUCGGUCCAAUGAACGACUUGUCGGUCUGGCAACCAGUUGAGAGUGAAGCCUGUUACAAUUUGGUUUUGGGACUUCACUACCGAGACGGAUUAGAGAAACGGCAGAGCAGUUCUUCGUAUUAUUUGCAUACAAGACUUGAAGCACUUCAUAAUCAUCUUUUUGGUGACCCUUUUAAUGGUACUUUCGUUUACUAUUUUAGUAGUAAAGGACACCUUUUAAAGCACAACUUCUCAAAGGAUACAAGAUUAGGUGCUGGGGAGGUUGUUUGGCAAGCAGACUUUACAGAACCAGAUGAAGUUAGUGAAGAUGAUAAAGCUGAAAAUUUACAUUACUUUGCAAGUGUCUGUUUCCCAUCAUCUGACCUUGCUAUAGUAGGCAAUGGUCAAGGAAGUCUUCAUAUUCUUGAGACAGGGGACAGAAGUACUACUCGGAGCUGGCUAGAGUUGUUUGAAUGCACCACCCAGCGAGGAAUCCUAACCCAAGCCAGAUUAGCAGAUGGAGAGGCUCAUGAUCGUUAUAUACACUGUUUGAUGAUGUCUGUCAUGCCACUGCAAAGUCUGAUAAACAAUGAGCUUUAUGUACUGGAUGACAAAUUGAGAACCUCAUCUGCAUCUGCUGCUCAGGUGGUUCACUGGCUGACUCUGAAAUACAAUGGUGCAACUUGGAACCUUAACAGGAUACGAACCAUAGCAGGAGAAGGCACUGUUGAAUACUGUUCAGUAGAUGAAAAAACAAGUGGAGUUUUACUUUUGUGCCAUAAGAACUUCUCCUUUAUUCAUGAUUCAUGCACUCCUGUUGCUAAAACUUCACCCAAAGAAGAAAAGUUAUUGCCUAAAUUUAGUUUCCUUCAGACAUCUGAUGAUAUCACUGUGUGGAUGAAUGAGGAACUGCCAAAAAAAGAUGUGACAUGUGAUGGAACCCUUGAAAUAGUAUUGUGCAAAGCUUCAGAAGGUGUAAAUUGGAAAGCUCUCUUCCAGUCACAAGAUCCUGCUGGUGAAGAACUGCUUGAUCCUCAGCUAGUGGAAGAAGUUAACCAGAGACUCGCGCAUUUGACAUCAGAUAAAUUUGAUGCAAACCCAGACCCAGAUAAUCCGGCAUAUAAUCCAGGGCAGUUUGAAGCAUGUGAUGAAGCUAACGAGGACUUAGUGCUACUUCGUCUUGAUGGUUCAUCACAUAAAUUGUCAAGCAUGUGCCAUCUUGGGGCCACACAGCAUCUCUUCAACAGUCAGGUAGAAGGUAAUGUUGUUCCAGCAUUCUGCAUAAGACAUGAUGUAGAUGGCGUUUUAUGGCAGCCAGAAGGUGAAGACAGAUUUGUACACACUGCAACUUACAAUGCAUUUGGUUAUGUAAAAGCUUCGAAGACUAUGGCAAAGUUCACUAGUGCAGCUCCUGAUAAUUCCUACGUUGCAGUUGCAGACGUGAAGAGCCACAUUUAUGUUUUCUUCCAACCAGAAGCUUUUGGUGGUGAAUUGAGGAACAGAAAGUCUGGGAAAAGGAUGAAUACUGUUGCCAGACAAGUUGUAAUAUCUAUGAAAACUCAUGAUGAAAUUUUAGGUAUUCACACUUCACAUAAUGUACUGUUUGUUUUAACAGAAAAGAACAUUUUUGGGUACUGUCUUCGUAGUUCCUGAUCACGUUGUAGUUGAAAGGUUUCUUUUCUAAGCAUCAUGUUUUAGUGGUAGUUUCAUACUGUAGUAACUUCUUUUAUGGAAUUUUAAUAUGGGAAUUUAACAGGUGUAGUGUAUUUUUUAAAAUACCGUAUGGUAACCAACAUAUACAUUAAAAUGCCUUUUGAAGACCAAAGGUCUAACAAAAUAACCCACUAAGAGUUGAAAAAAAAUGUCAUCAGUCUUAAGAUAUAUUCAGAACUUCCUUUGUGUGUCAUCUGUUAAGAGUAGUGCAUAUAUUUAUUAACCGUAAAGAGAAAACAGGAUUAGCUAGAAAAGGAGUCAUAUAUGGAGCCUUUAGAAAAUGAGGGCAGAAUCAUGUAAAUUAAGAAGAUGCUUAAUUAAUGAUAAAUGAUAUGUACCCAGUUUCUCAGGUUUUUGUAAAUCCUAUUUUAUUUGUAUUAUUUAGAUUUUUUUAUUCAAGUCCUGACAGCAUAAGGUUUUGCUAAGCAGGGUCAUAGUCAGUGCAAGUUAGCCUUAUGAAUUAACUCUUUUAUGAUACUGGACUUGUUAGGUUUGGUCUGUGGUAGAUCCACUGCCCUCACGGGCCGUGCAGAUAUGUAUAGGUCAUUUCAACAAAUUUAUAUCACUCUUUGUUACCUUAAAUUUCAUGCUACAUUAAUAAAUUUGAUGUCAUUAAAAAGCUAGAGAGUUAUGGUGUAUCAUGAUAUGUUAAAAAAAAAAAAAAAAAAUCAGUGAAUCAGUGCAGUAAGCAGUUGUCUGAUGAAGGUCAUUGAGCGUCCAGGUUGUGGGUUGAAGGCAUCCCACACGUUUGUAGAUUUGGUCGUCAGUCAAUCCUGAAUCAAACUCAGUAGAUGUCUCAUAUAAAAGAAAAAACUUUCCAUCUAAAGUGAAACUGUGAAACUGUGGAUUGUUGUUUAACUUCUUCAUUACCGAAAGUUUGUUUGGAGGUAGGUGGGUACCACCAUUCAAGUCUACUACACCGCACCGGGUGCAUAAAGGUGGUACGCAUAGUACCACCAAAACUCCUCUUUUCAGAUAGGGACUUCCAAUCAUUCUGUAAUUUCGGUUUGAAGAGUUUGGAGCAAAAUAAACAGUAUGACACGA